AUGUUGAUACCACACCAUCCAAAUGAUGCAGUGCAGGAAAUCCAGGAUGCUCAAAAAGAGCAGCGGGCGGCGUUGGAGAUGCUGACGAAACAACUCUCUCAAGUUGCAGUAUCGCUGGGCGAGUUGAAGGGGAAUGAAGCUACUAUGCAACCACCUGGUCAUGAGAAUAUUAGUGAAGUAUCCCUGCGGUCAGGAAGGGUCUACCAAGGCCCCAGCCAUCCUGCGAUAUCUCCACCAACUGUUUCUGAACCAAGUCGUGAGGAAGAGGGAGAAUCCAGCAGAGGUGGUCAAGUGGAAGAAAAAGGCAAGGAAAGGGUUGGAGGAGAAGCCUCAGAAGAAACUCGGAAGGAAGAAACUGAAAGGGUUAAGCCCUAUCCGUACCGCGGAAUGGUGACGAGGAAAAGGGAUGCCACAAUCGACGUAGCAAGCAUGUUCAAGGACAUGGAUGUGAAGGUACCACUCUUAACGGCGUUAAAAAUGCCCCCGAUUAGUAAGUUCAUUAAAGACUACCUAGCAGGGAAGGUCAAUGAGGAAGGGAGACUAAUUACAAAUGAGAACGUCUCUGCCGUAAUCCAGAAAAGCGAUCUCCCCUCCAAGAAAACUGAUCCUAGAAUGUUCGCGCUUCUAAUUUCAAUCGGAGACAUUCAGGUAGAGCACGCCAUGUGCGACUUGGGGGCAUCUAUCAAUGUUCUGCCAUACUCCAUCUACCGGAAGCUGGGAGAGGCCAAGCUAGUCGACACGGAUAUAAUGAUACAGUUGGCCGACAGAUCAUGUAUUCACUCUGAAGGAAUUCUGGAAGACGUUAUUGUAAAGGUGAAUAACUUUCUUUACCCAGCUGAUUUUUUCGUAAUCAAGAUGACAGAGCCCACAGCAAAGGAGUCGAGUGGAGUCCUACUGGGACGACUGUUCUUGUCUACGGCCAGCACUAUCAUAGACGUCGGCAAUGGGACGAUCAGUCUGGACUUCAAAGGAGAGCAGUAUACGUUCAAUAUCAAUGAGGCCAUGAAGAGGCCAGCCGACAGAGAAAACGUGUAUUAUGUGGAUGUAACUGAGCCCUUAGUGCAAGAAUUUUUGGAAGAAGAAAUUUUAAAAAGGCAGUUCACGGACUCAGCUGUAGAUGAAGAGGUCGAAAAGGAAGUAGAAGAGUGGUUUGAAACAAAUAAGGUUGGAGAAAUGAACGACCAAGCCGUCGCAGAAGCAAUAACAGAACUUUGUGAACGUCCAAAGCCAACUGGGUCGAGUAAGACAACUCAAGUAUCUAGCAUUGCAAAGCAGCUUGAUCAAGGAAAGCCACUGAGUGAUGAAGCUGCAGAGAACCCUCUGCCCACCGAGGAGCCAAAGCCCGCAAAAGAGUUGAAACCUCUUCCAGCACAUUUAAAGUACGCCUUCCUGGGAAAAGGCGAAACUAUGCCCGUCAUUAUAAACUGUCAAUUGACCCAAGGGCAGGAAGACAAGUUACUGGAAGUAUUACGAAGGAAUCAGAGGGCUAUCGGCUGGAAGCUGACAGACUUGGUGGGCAUUAGCCCGGAUUUGUGUAUGUAUCACAUCCGGUUGGAGGAAUGA